CACCGAAGAGGAGUUGUUCUUUAAUUAGAAGAUUCAGGACACAACAAAGCUUGGCCGGCCUUCCCUUAGACGUCCACACCAUCAUAUUCAUCUUCAUCUCUCCCCUCUGGCCUGCAUCUUCCUCGCAUUGAGGAUAUAACGCAACCUCCUUCACAUAACCAUAUAGUACUCCUCAGCUUUUCUAUUGUCCUUCUCUGAUCUCUUUCUCUCCAUAGAGAUGGGAAGGGCACCAUGUUGUGAAAAAGUGGGGUUGAAGAAAGGAAGAUGGACGGCUGAAGAAGAUGAAAUCUUGAUCAACUACAUUCAAUCCAAUGGUGAAGGUUCUUGGAGAACUUUGCCCAAAAAUGCAGGUUUGUCAAGGUGUGGGAAGAGCUGCAGGCUCAGGUGGAUAAAUUAUCUGAGGGCAGACUUGAAGAGAGGGAACAUCACUCCUGAAGAGGAAGAAACUAUUGUUAAGCUGCAUAGUGCUGUUGGUAAUAGAUGGUCUUUGAUAGCUGGGAAUUUACCAGGACGGACAGAUAAUGAGAUAAAGAACUAUUGGAACACACACUUAAGCAGAAAGCUUUACAGCUUCACUCGGACCACAAGUGAAUCCCUGUCUUCCAUUAUCAAUAUGGCUGCUGCAUGCAAGCGAAGAGGAGGACGAGGUAGAACCAGAUCAAGAUCUUCAGCCAUUAAAGAGCUCAAGAACACAGCCUCAGCUGGUAUUGUUGGAACGUCAUUACCAAAGCCUGAUCAUCAUCAUCAUCAUGAUGGAGGUGGUGGAACCGCAAAUAAUAAUAUUAGUUCCGAGGUGCUUGAUCCAGCGUCAUCCAAAGAAAAACCGCCACAUGAUGAUGAUCUACCCGGUACACUUCUAGAACAGGUUGAAAAGAUACCAACGAUGAUGGGUAUAAUGGGUUCGUGGGGCCCCCCAGAACAGAAAUUAGGAGAUGAUCAGGUCAGAACUAUAAACAACCUCGGUGUGCAUGCAGGUUCUUGUCCGGACAAUAUAGAUCAGAGGAUAUUAGGCGGCCAUUGCGGUAAUCAUGAGAUCGGUAAGAUCAGUAGUAGUACUACUGCAGGGUUACGCCCAGUAGUACUCCAGCACAGAGAAAGCGAGGUCUUGGAGCCUUACGAGUGGCUCGACGGUGAAAUAACGAAGCUUAGCUAUAUUCUUGAAAGUGGGUUUGUGGAGGAUCAUCCAAUUGAAAAUGCUGCCCAUCAUGAUCAUAAGGAGUUAAUUAGAGAUCAAAAGGAGCAGAGAUCAGUAGAACUGAAUGUUGGGGCAUUAAGAUCAAGAAGAGAUCAUCAGAAAUUAUUAGAGACCACAAGUACUGAUGAUCAGGACAUGGAGAGUAGUGUUCUGAGCUCCUCCAAUGCAGAUGGUGGAGAUCAGUCAUGUUACGAUUGCUCUAAUUACUCAAUUAAUAAUAAAAAUUCAUCAUCAGGCUUUGAUGAUGAAUGGAUGGACUGGAAUUGGGUAGGUGGUGUUGAUCAAUGUCAUAACCAAUAUUGGGCCUUAUGGAAUGAAGGAGACAAGAUGUCGACUUCUUGUUUGUGGGAAGCUGCAGGCAGCAACAAAGGUAGUACUGAAGAAAAAUAGUACUGUUAUCAAGCAACAGAUCAAAGUACGUACGUAGGGUUUGGAUCAGUUGGAAACAAUAUUCCAAUAUAUAUAUAUAUAUAUGUUUUUGCAAAGCAUGAAUAGUACAAUUUAAAAAAGAAAUUAAAGGUACUUUCAAGCAGGGUGGGGAAAAAUAAAUAAAUAAGUAAAUUAUAAAAGUACGUACUUUCAAACUGCAGUUAGAUAGUAUAUAUAAGACGUAGGAUAUAUCAUGCAUAUAUGCCUGUAUUUGUUGCUCAAAUCAUGCGCGCAUUCAGUUUGUAAGAAAUAAGGUUGUGAUCAUUAUCAUUAAUUUAUCUCAUCUACGUACGUUCCCCCGUACGUGUUGUUUUAUGUUUUCCACA